AUGGCGAUAGCCGUAGCUGUUAAGCAUCAUGUUGAAAAUUGGUCAAAAAUGUUCCCGAAUCAGUUAGGAGUCGAACUUCAGUCUCUUAUUUUCAUCAAGAAGCUGUUUGCCGUCGCAGUAUCUUAUGUUUUAUAUUUCAGAGAUAUUUUCCCUGAAUCCGCUUUCCAAGACAAACAACUUGAGGGGAUAGAGCUGAAGAUUCUGAAAGAAAGCUCUACAUUACCUGAUUCAUCUAAGAUAGUUUAUUGGCUUAAAGGUUGUUUUGAUGCCAUUGACCGUCAUUUUCUUAAGUCAGCGACCUUAGCACUUUAUUCGCCCGACAAAGGUCUACAUUCAAGCAACGUCAGUGAAUACGAUAUCAUUGAAUCAUAUUGCUUCAGGCUGUCCUAUGGUCAGGAAAAGCUUUCACUUGAUUUAAAAACCGAAAAUCGAGAAGAAACUAAUAGUUUGUGCGAAAUCUCAAGCUCCCCUGAAUUCGAAGUCCGAAAAGCUACUUUGAGUCUCCUAAAAAGUAUUCAAACUGUUGGAGGAAGAUUAUCUAAACUACCAUCGGAACUAAUGAUAACGAUGAAGUUGCAGUAUUAUGAUGAAGUUACACCAGAAAACUAUGUUCCUCCUGGAUUCAAGCAUGCAGAUGAUACCAUUUUCAAUUUUGCAGAAGAUAACAUUAAUAUACGACUCGGUAAUGUGAAAACUAUUCAUCACAGCAUCAAGAUGCAUAUACAGACCAGUCGACAGUUAUUAUCCGGAUCUGUAAAAUCAACCCAGUCGACACAGGAAGAUGAGAGCAUGCACGAACUUUCGUUAGGUUCACUGAACGGAAAUAAAGUAAAUGAGAAAGUUGAUCUCAGUUUAUCAUCUCAACAACAGACUCUAAGAUCUGAUGGAAACGAAUCAGAAAGUUACGAAGCUCGCUGCCCAUGUGGCGUAAAUAAGGACGAUGGUGUGAUGAUUUUAUGUGAUGGGUGCGAUAAAUGGCAACAUGCUGUAUGCUUUCGAAUUCUAGAAGAAGGAGAUGUUCCUACAUCCCAUGUGUGUGAAAUCUGUGCUAAAUUGCAGCCUGAACUGCUUCAAACUGGAGGACUCACAGAUGAAACUAUACAAAAUUUGAGUGUUGAAGCUAGAAAGGCAACUUGCCUUUUUCGACGAGCAUUAGCACUGUGUCUCAACGAAGAUUCAGUCUCACCCGCCUUUAUAGCCAGAAGUCUUGGAGUGGAGUAUACGGUGGCUCGUGGAUUAUUCAGUCGUUUAAUCAAAGAGCAAGUUGUAAAAGGAGCAGGACCACGAAGAGGUGAAAAGCUUGUCGAAAAAGAAUAUUUAGAAAAUAUUGUGUGUCCGCGUUUCUUCUCUUCGAAUAAUUUGCAUGGGAAAUCAUCAUUGGGAUUUGUGGUUUCCCCUCAAAUGCUAACGCCUCAAAAACCGAAUACAAUACGACGGACGCCUGGGAAGCGUGCUUAUGGAGCAUCAAAGUUUUCGCCGAAAAAAGAAUGCGAUUUGUUACUUAAUGUCAGUGAAGACCCAAGAGCAUCACCAACAAUCAAUAAAAGAAGAAAAAUGGAUAUGGCAAACACACCAAUAAGCGUGUUCCGUCAGUGA